GGUUGGCAAGUAAGGUUGCCGAGCAUUUCUUGAAGUCGAUGAAGCCGUGUGCACUGCAGACAGGUGAGAUAGUCCACACUUUGGUUGUUGGCGGUGCUAAAGUGCAGCCAAACGACAAGAACACGAAGUACUUGUUGAGGAAUUACAAGGGAGGCGAGGCCGAAUCAAAUGUACAUCGUGGUCAUGCAUCAUGUGGAGAGGAAGGCUUGGAAGAUCUGCAGACGAACGAGCCCCAGCCACCGCCUGUUGCGGGACGGGCAGUUGCCGACAUUGCAAACAUGCUUGUUGAUGCACUUGAUGAGGCUGUAGAGGGUGGAGGUGCAGCGGAGGGCGGUGGCGGUGAGGAAGGGCAAGGGUCGACAACACGAAUGACCAUCUUGAGACAGACCACUGUGCGACAGUGGGUGGACAAUGCGGCGCAGAAGAAGCUGGACAUUGCGAGGGCAGAGGCCAUGUUCAGGGCUGGUAUUGCUUUCAAUUUCUUGAACAUGGACACGACUCAGACAUUGCAUGUCGUGUACCCGGAGGUAGCCAACUCGAGGCCGAAGGUGAAGCUCCCAUCGUACAACUACAUGAGGACAGUCAUGUUAGACAUCAUCUACAUGAAGAUCCAAAAGGAGAAUCGGCCAGUGCUGAACUUCUUGGCGGCGGGGGAGCAAGGGGCGGUGCUCAUGAUGACGGUGACAAUGAGUGGUAGGAAGAAGAAUGCAGUGGCACUGGCAAAGUUGUGGGAGCAGGUAAUGAGGGAGAUUGGACUGCAACGCAUCAACGCGAUCUGCACCGACAACGCCGAAGUUAACAAGAAGGCGGCGCAGAUCCUAGAACGGCACAAGGACAAGGACGUGGCCAGAAUUCCAUGGGUUCCCUGCGGGGCACACUGUUGCAGUCUCCUUCUCAAGGAUUUGGCCAACCUAUCGUGGAUCAAGGGCACAGUGAAAACCGCGAACACAAUCGUGAAGUUCAUCCUGAAUCAUCAUGCCACGCACGACUUGAUGAUGACUGUCGAUGACUUGUUGUCCUUACUUCGUCCGACGGAAGUGCGGUUCGGAUCUGUGUAUCAAAUGCUCCAACGACUAGCAGACAGAGAGGAUGUUCUUGUUGAGAUGGUGGAUGGGAGGUCGGCUGGAAAGUGGAGAGCGUUGAGAUGGUCAGGGGAAAAGUUGCGCAGGAGAUCCGACCUCGUGUACUACACAGUGAGGUCCAAGGUAUGGUGGCCGCAGGUGAGGAAGAUUGUGGACAUCAUGAAACCGAUCUUCCAGUUGCUGAAGAGAAUGGACGCAAAAGGAACGCCUCCCACCAAUCUUGUUGAGCACGAUGAUAUGAUUGGGCAGAAAUUGACAAACGUGGUGCUGACGAAGGAGCGGGAGGAUGUCAUGGAGAAGAUUUGGGGUGAGUGGAACAACAAGGCACACUCUGACUUGUGGGGGGAACUGAUGGAGUUCCAAAAGCAGCCCGCGAGGGUUGCGACGGAGAAUGUGUGCACGGAGCCCGAGAAAGCUAUGAAGAAAAAGCGGAAGGAUGAGCACAUGUGGGAACAACCGGCGGUGGACGAUGUGAAGAGGCUUAACCCUGCGACCUGGUGGGCAGCACAUGGCGGGGAUGUCCCAACCCUUCAAGCAAUUGCAAUCAAGUCCCGGCGACCACGUAUGUUGGUAGGCGAACUCGGCGACAGGACGGAUCUCGAGGUUGAGCCUAUGCCGGUCGUCGAUAGAGUGGACACGGACGUAGAGUUUUUGCUGCACCGCCACGAUGACCCGGACGAGGAAGAGGCCACCCGUGCAAAGGAGAUGGCGGACAGGGAUCUUGAACUCGUGGACAGGCGGGUCGCUAAGGAGGAGGCCCGUCGUGCAGCGAUCCCUACCCGCAGGGAGAGGGAGAGGCAUGCUGCACAACAGGAAAAGCACGGGGGCGAGGCCUUGAAGGAAAUGGAUGGGGAUGUCCAGCCUGCCAUGGACAAGGGCGAGCAGCAGCAAGGGGAGCCCGCGGACGCAGCGGAAGAGCACCAAGCAGCAGUUGCCGUGUACGCGCGCAGGCCCCGCCCAUGCGUGGAGCAAGAAGUGGGAGCGGAGGGAGAGACCACCGACCAGCAGGUUGCAAUUAGUGAGGGGGGGAAGGAGCAGCAGGAAGAGCCGCGGGCCGCAGAGGACAUCGGCACGCCCCCUUUUCCCUAAAUUGAACGAUGCUCUCCACCAUGACAACCUCUGGAAGAGCAGGACAGGCAGGAAGAGGAAGGCAACAGUGGAGGAGUCCCCCAAAGCGCCCCGACGCGGCCGUGGAAGGCCCACAAAAAAAAUGACAGUCGAGAAGACUGCGUCGCAGCACGGACGCCGCAACACUGCG